CUCUGUUGAGCAGUCUGAUCCCCACUCGCUGCCACAGCAGCAGCCAACUCGUGCUGCCCUCGCUCAGAUGCCGUUCCCUGUGCCGGGCAAGCCAAGCCACCAGGAUCUCUCCAGCAUCUGCAUCCUCCUGGGCACUCUGAACCCCCUGGCCCCUGGUUGGUCUAUGGGGGGUCUGUGCUGCUGAGCCCUGCACAGCUCCUGCAAACCCUGGAGUAGCAGAGGUGGCACGGUGCCCAGCUUGGACAGUGGGUGCCCAGGGGCGAAGAGGAGCCAGGGAAAGUUUGUGCCGUGGGAGAUUCAAGCUCUCAGGGGAAGACGUGCCCUGGACCCCCUGACCCUGCACCCCCAAAGAUGCAAUGGGGAGUCCUGGUCCUGCUGUACCUGCUGCGAGAGGCUGCAGGAGAGGCCAGCGUGCACCAGGGAGCAGGACACACACCUGGGGGUUCCUUGGAGGGAGGAGAGCCUCCAGGCUGGAGGCGGAAGACACGGGAAAGUUUGCUGGAGACCAACAGGACCCGAAUCAGCCAAGACCUGGUAGGGGGAAGCCUGGCCAUUGACACCCUGCUAGACAACGAGACACAGAUUGUGGAAGAUAAUCACAGCUACUAUGUGUCACGAAUUCAUGGGCCGGGCGAGGCACAUAUCAAGGAAUUCUGGGUGAACAUGGCAGAAGCCAACCGAAGCCAAGUGAAAAUCCAUGGCAUCCUCUCCAACACACACAGGCAGGCCUCGAGAGUCAUCCUGUCAUUUGACUUCCCCUUCUAUGGCCACCUCCUGCGGCAGAUCACCAUAGCAACAGGAGGUUUCAUCUUCAUGGGGGAUGUUAUCCAUCGGAUGCUCACAGCCACACAGUACAUUGCGCCCCUGAUGGCCAACUUUAACCCGAGCUACUCCCGUAACUCUACCGUCAUGUACUUUGACAAUGGGACGGUGUUUGUUGUUCAGUGGGAUAAGGUAUAUCUUCAGGGAAAGGAAGACAUUGGCAGUUUCACCUUCCAGGCUGCUCUGCACAGUGAUGGGAAAAUUGUCUUCAGUUACAAGGAGAUCCCCGUGUCUGUCCUGGCAAUCAGCGCCACACAGCACCCUGUCAAAGCUGGGCUCUCUGAUGCCUUCAUGAUCCUGAACCCCUCUCCUGAUGUACCUGAGUCUCGCCGCAGGACAAUCUACGAAUACCACCGCGUGGAACUGGACACUGGCAAGAUCACCAGCAUGUCAGCUGUGGAGUUCUCCCCACUGCCCACCUGUCUCCAGCACCAGAGCUGUGAAAUGUGUGUGACCUCAGAGAUGACUUUCAACUGCAGCUGGUGUCAUGUCCUGCAGAGAUGUUCCAGUGGGUUUGAUCGAUAUCGUGAGGAGUGGUUGUCUUAUGGCUGUGGCCAGGAGUCAAAUGAGAAGACCUGUGAGGAUUUAGCAGAUGGCAGCUACUAUUCGCCGGCUCCAGACAGCUCCUUCACAACAUCUGAGGAGGACAUCAGCACCUCCACCUCCUCCAUGUUCAUUGACAGCCUCACCACAGAAGAUGACACAAAGCUGAAUCAGUAUGCAGGAGUGGAUAGUGUGAGCAGUGACCUUCCUUCAAAGAAAACAGGAGCCCCAAUUCAUGCUGGGACUAUUGUGGGGAUAGUUCUGGCUGUCCUGCUUAUUGCAGCCAUUAUUCUCGCUGGAAUUUACAUCAACAGCCACCCCACCUCCAAUGCCGCCUUGUUUUUCAUUGAGCGGAGACCACACCACUGGCCUGCUAUGAAGUUCCGAAACCACACUAACCACACGACAUACUCUGAGGUGGAACCAACCAGCCAGGAGAAGGAGGGCUUUGUUGAAGCAGAACAAUGCUGAGCACAGCCUUCCCUUGCCCUGCCCCAUGCCCCAGCCUUCUGUGUCUCAAGUGUUGGAGCUUCCUGUUAUUCAAUUGCAAAUUUUCUCUUUUUUCGAUAAAGGAACAGCAACCAGAAGAAAAGGGCCCAGCAGAGCUUUGAAAAGAAUGUCAGGGCAAUGCAAGGAUACAAUUCUUCCCGAUUCCUCCUGGGACAGUGGAGCUUGAAACACAGGCAGUGAAUUGUAACAACAAUUUGGCACCAAAGCCUGAGACGUGGCCCUAAGGAAAGCUGGAGUCAAGUUUUUGUCCUGUUUCAUUUUCUUUUGUUUUGUUUUGCUUUGGGCCUUUAUUUCUGCUACCACCCCAAGCCCUUAAGAGGAGCAAUUCCCAUUCUUAGAUGCACAUCGUCUGAUCAGUGUGACACGGCUCCAAACCCAAACCCUCUGUCUUCAGGAUAACAGUUCUUAUCCUAUCUCCAAGACAGACGAAUCUGACCUAUUCUAAGGCUUACGUACUGUAGGAGAACCUUCUACAGGUGCAAUUAUGAACAAAUAGCUCUAAUUUGCCUUUUCUUGACAAUUUUGCUAAUGCCUGCAAAGGGUGAGCGUGAGAGUGACAGACCUCAGAUACUUCUCCUUCAAAGUCAGUCUUCUGUUGUUAGCACGGCCACCAUCCAGGAACCGAUCAAAUUAUAAUGGGAAAAGAUGGGGAAAGAGCAUAAAGCAAAAUAUUAUUCUUCUAGGGCUAAACCCUGAGGUAACUGCAUGCAAAUUUUCAUGGGAAUUUCACAAAAGUGAGGAAGGAAAGCCUGAGCUCAGUUGCACUGUCCUAAAACAGGGGUAUCUCCAUAGGCAUCAAUAAAAUCAACCCGAUCCAAAGCUGUGAUCAGUGCAGUCUUUCUAUUGACUUCAUUUAGGUUUGGAUCAGGCUCCUAUUCUGGAUUUUUGUUGGUAUUGUUACAGGCCUCAAGCACAGCAAGGACUUCAGCAUUAGACCCCCUAGGUGCUUACUCUUUUCUUUUCUUUUCUUUUUUCUUUUCUUUUCUUUUUCCCAAUCAGAACCAAAGAUUAGUCUUCAGAAAAUAAAGACUCCAAUCUUGUUCCCAUCAAAGCCAAGUGCUAAACUCUCACUGACUCCAGCUACAGCAGCUUUGGGCUCUGAAGUGAGGAAAGAAAGACACUUAGCAGCAAUUCCAAGUCUGGUGUGAGGUGCAGUUUACAUUCCUGGAAGAAAAAGGGCAAGUUGGUUGUGUGUUGUUUUUUCAUGAUCCUCUGCUAUUUAUUCUGAUGUCAUGUUUGGUGCAUAUUUUAUCCACUGGCUGGUUCAGCUGUCACUGGUGGUGAUUACUGCCAAAGGCAGGAUCUGUCUAAUUAAUGUUUUCCCUCUCUUUGUCUGAAUUUAUAUAGCCAUUAAGGAUAAAUAUGGAUGUUUCAUGGCAUUUAGAACCUGGCUUAUACUUCUUCACAUAUAGCCACUAGGGAGGCUUUUGCUGCAACUUAUUAUGGCAUAAGGACACCAACAUGCUCAAAAAAGAUAAGUCAGACAGAACUUUGCCAAGUUGUUAUGGCCCAUACACCCAGACAUUACUUCGCCAGAGGUAUUUUGAAGAUGAACGUUAGCUCCAAAUAAAACCUUGAGCUAGAAGUAGAUUUGUCUCCACUUCCCCCAAAUAGAAAAUGGACACUGUUGUAAGUUUUUUUGCUUCAGCUAUCACCAGCUUUAAAAUGGUUAUAAUUUGGUAAUGGAUAUCCCUUGGAUUCUCUGUCUCUUUAAAAAUAAUCCCCUUGUUUUUAUUUUUUGUAUAUAUAUACAAUAAUAAUUGGCAAAGUGGUGAUCAGAUGGGUAUUCCUCUUUAUUCCUCCUUGUAUAAUACAGAGAUAGCUAGCAAUUAUGAAUAGCUGUAAAGAUACUUUACAGAGUGCAUAAUUAAACUGCCUAAGUAAGUCACUGCCAGGAAAUAUGACAGCCAAGAUCUAAGAAGGAUUCUAAAGAGAAUUAGACAUGUAAAUAAAGAAUGGUGAAAAUAUAUAAGAGAUAUCAUAAGUCUUUAUGCUUCAAGGUAAAAAACAACCUCUGAGGUCAGGUAGAAACUUCCCUUAUGGGCACGUUAUUCCAGAAUUGUCUCCUGGAGGCUUAUUAUAACUUCCACUGAAGCAUAUGGUACCAGGUACUUUCAGAGACAGGAUACCAGAUUAAAAGAACUACUAGUCUGAUUUAGUACAGCAGUGCUCCUUAUUUCCCAAUUACCAUUAUUCAUUAUGUUCUGAUAGGGUUUUCAGUUUUUCAGUAUUUUAUUAUUUAUGAGUUCUGAUGAUUACUUUUAGGUAAAUUUAUGACUAAUUUUCAAGGUAUUGACAUUUUUUACUCAGCAAUAAAUAAAAUGUUUCUCUUUCAACUAUAAGGAGAAAAAAAAUCAGACCCCUCCUGAGCUUCAGUCUACUGAGAACAUGUUUCUAGUGAGACUGGAAGGUUGGGAUUUGCUAGCACCCUCUGGAGAAAAUCAACACUUAAAAAAUUGUCAAAUGUAGGGCUUUAUCUAGUUAAAUAUAUUUUUAUAUAUUUUGAUCAGCUUUUACCUAAAAUUAUGAACACUCUGCCUGACAUUACCACAUUUUGCCCAGCUGCUGCUUAGGGAGGUAGUAACCAAUAGAGAGUACCGCAAAUUACCUAAAAGAAACAACAACAAAAAAUCCUUUGAUUUCCCAGUGUUGACAAGGAGGUCAGGGAAGUAACUUGGCAAGGCUGGGGUUAUUUUGUGCUUUUUAAGAAGCAAAAGAAAAAAAUAAAAGUUGCUGUUUGCCAAAAUAGGAAAAGGGAGACUGUAAGAAUGAUUAUUUCAUGCUUCUGAAAGAGUGAAAGGUAAGUAAAUUACUUUAGAAAUUACUUGCCAGUAGGUACAUCUACACGUGCCCCUACGAUGCUGUUGUUACUUUGCAGUCAUGGAGAACGCACCACUACGGUGACUUAGCUGCAGUGUCUCAGUUCUUGCCUGCUGAUGCUACUACAUAGCUGUAGCGUGUUGCUGUGGCGAUGUAGUGUCACAUGUAGGCGCUCCCAGUGCCCCUCUAAUGAAACUAAAAUGGGAACAGAGCAUGCUAACGCAUGAGUUUAUGUGUUUUCUCCCUACCAGUAAAUCUGUAUGACAUCUUUUAUCUAAUUUCUCAGUAAUUGAAAGAGUGGCUUGUAUUUAAUCAUGUUGAUGUGAAGUGUUUUGUGCUGUUCAUCUCUGAUACACUGUGUAAAGGGUAGUCAGAUCCCAUGCAACGGGUUUUGAGAAGCACAACACGUAUCUUUAUACUCACCAGUUCAUAUAUUAGGAGAAAGGACCAACUCUGCUAUCUGUCAGGUCUGGCUCUGGAAACUGUAAAGCCACUUCUGAGUCAGGGAAAUCAAUAGGAUACAAUCUUUCAGGAUCCAGGGUCCCAAGUUUUCAUGGCACGUGGACUCAAAGUGGAACAAGUCUAUAUCAGACUCCAAAGAGCAGUGGAUAUGAUGGCGACAAAUGGAAGAAAGAGAAAAGGAUUUUUACUACCAACCUCUGAGUACUAUUUUACCCUUCAAGCAAAUGGGGUGAAUAGAUCUGAGAGCAAAUGGAAGGCUAAAUACCCACAAUGAAAACAGAUUAGCCUGCAUGUGUCUCCCCUCAGUAUAAGCCCACUGGCUUCAUGCUGCAGGCUCAUUCUGUGCCAAACUACAGGAAGGCAUGCCAGUACCAGUACUGCGACAUUCCUGGUAGAAGGUUUCUGUAUCACUCGGCUUCUGCAGCCAUAUUCUAAAGUUUCGCUCUAACUCCAGGUUGGGCUUCUUCAGAAGUGAAUUGUAUAAUGUACAUGUGUAUAUCAACUUGUAUAUUUUAUAAGUAUAAAAUGAGCUAGGACUGUUAGCUGUGCUCAGUCCACUGCUCAGCUGGUUAAAAUUUGGAUGCAAAAUAUAGGAAAAUGCUGAUAUUCCAUAUCUGUCUUUUUAAGGACAGCACACUUGCAGUUUGCAGUGACUAUUGAUCAUGUUGUUGGUGUAGGGGAGCUGCUUAUCCUGACAUAGAGAAUGAGGUGUUACAUCUGUUAAUCAACCACUUGUGUGUAUUCACCAGUUGUAAGAAUAUACAACAGGGUUUAUUCAAGACAAACCAGUUUGGUUCUUUUCCAAUUAAAGUUGGAGUCUAAACCCCCUUUGUUUUCAAUGAAAGUAAGACCCAACUCCAAAAUAAUCUCUCCCUCAGUAACUAAUGACCUACUUUCCACAUACUUGAAUUUACAGCACAAUUGGACUAUUUUGGGGGACUAAAGGCACUUUAGCUGUCUUUUAAUGCAAUGUAUUUACUAUGGAUUAUCUGCAUGGAAUACUGUGUUAACACAAAAAGGAUCUCAUGCUUUGGACUGCUUUGUUUUCAAAAUAAAAAUUGCAAAGGAU